CAACAACAUACCAAACCUCUAAUCACGAGUCCCUAAUACCAAUCCCACCCCCAAACCAUCUAUCUCAGCCAUUCCCACAAUGGCUGCUAUCGGAGGCGUGCAGUCGAUCAAGUGCGUCGUCACUGGUGACGGUGCUGUAGGAAAGACAUGUCUUCUCAUCUCAUACACAACAAAUGCCUUCCCCGGCGAAUACAUUCCCACAGUUUUCGAUAAUUACUCGGCGAGUGUUAUGGUCGAUGGCAAGCCCGUGAGCUUGGGUCUCUGGGAUACUGCUGGACAGGAGGAUUACGACAGACUGCGCCCGCUUUCGUACCCCCAGACCGACGUCUUCCUCAUCUGCUUUUCGCUCGUCAGCCCUCCGUCGUUCGACAACGUCAAGUCCAAGUGGCACCCCGAGAUCCAGCAUCACGCCCCCGGCAUCCCCAUCAUCUUGGUGGGCACCAAGCUCGAUUUGCGCGAGGACCCCGAUACCAUUCAGAGCCUGAGCCAGAAACGCAUGGCUCCGAUAACGUUCGAGAUGGGUGUCAACUGCGCCAAGGAGAUCGGCGCGAGGAAGUACCUCGAGUGCUCUGCCCUUACCCAAAGGAAUCUCAAGUCUGUUUUCGACGAGGCCAUCAGAGCUGUGCUCUACCGCGUCGAUACGACCCAAGAAAAGAAGAAGUCCAAGUGCACUAUCCUCUAAUUAAUUCACCACAACCAACCAAACCACACCAGACAUACUACCACCAUCACAACACCAUCACACCAACGCUCAUGAGGCCAUUUACCGAGGGCGCAGCGCACGCCUUGACAUCAGCACAAAACAACAGGGUGUUCCAUGGGGAUAAUUGUGAGGGGACACCAUCUAUACCCGGCGGACAUAAUUAGAUGUUGAUGAGAUUUUCUUUUCCUGGUUGUUCCGAUCGUCUCGAAAUAAACUCGCAAGCUGGUUUUCGUCUCUUUUU